AUGGAGGGAUCAGUAGCUACUCUAGAGGAGGCAAGACAAUAUUAUACAGAUAUUUGGUCUCCCGAAAGGCGGCGAGUUAUUGCCCACCUUACAGAAAUCAGGGACACGGUCCAGAGUCAUGCUAAAUCACAUUUCCAUGGUUCUAUAAGAUACAUCGGCUUUGGGGUUCUUGGAGGGGGAUUGUCAAUAGCUUCUAUAGCAACUGCCCCGUUUACAUUAGGCCUAUCACUGUCAUUGAACAUGGCCGGCAUCGCAACAGGAUUGUCGUCUGGUGUUGUAGGACUUGCUCACGAUGUUAAAAAAACUAAGACCAUUAAAGAGAAAUGCUAUGAUGCAAAAUGUUGUCUAGAUAAUCACACUGAGGUAUCGUCAAUUAUGAUGGACAUGAUCAGAGAGCUAUGCGAUAUUGAAACGGAAAUAAGAAACGGGGGCGAUUUGGAGUUUUCGUUCAUGAUAGAGCAAUUUAAUCAAGUCGUAGGAGGCGUUUCAGCUUUUCGAAGGACAGAUAACCUAAUCAAACACUAUCGUGCAAUUAAUAUGUAUAGGUUAUCGGGAAAUUCAGACGAGGUUGCUAGAAUCCUGGGACUCAGUGAUUUAAUGAAUGAUCUAAUCCCGGCCACAUUCAAAGAUGUCUCUGGAAGUGUGGCUCAGUUGUCAACAAAAGUUGUCAGCGUGGUAGCUAUUUGCGCAUUGGCUAAAGAUGUUAUAUGUUUAUAUCGGAGUGUCAGUGAUCUCUCAGAUAUGGAAAAUGGAACACUGUGUAAGGAAGCGGAGAAACUUGAUCAGAUCAUCAAGAUCUUGCAACGUGAAUAUGACAUUCUAAGCGGAUUAUUCCAAUCUUAA